UUUGCAAGCUUCGUAACGUUACCGCUGUCCAAAAAUAAUCGUCUGUCAACGCCACACGCGAAAAUGAGUGGUGUGAACCAAAUGACCUUGUUCCAGACGUGGGGAGCAUCUGUUCCGCAAAAGGUUAGUCAAACGAAUAAUGUAAAGAAGUCUUCCGGACGACGAAAAACAACCCAAAACAGCAGGGGCAGCACCGCAGCCUCAGUCAAGACUCAGAAGAGGGCGACUGGUAUAACUUUGCCGCCCCCGGCGCCACGUAACACGCUAUGGGGUGAAUUUGGUCAGGGGUCCACAGCAGACAGCGAGGUGAGAGAUGUCGAGGAGGUUGCUGCUGCUGCUGAUGAUGAUGAUGAUGAUGAUGAUUUAAUGGUAGUUGCUGUUUAUGAGGCGGAAAAGUCUUUGCAAAUUGAUGGAAACUUUGGACAACAUAGUGAACACACAACAAAUGUUGAGAGCACUUGUCUCACACAGAUAAGCUCAAGUGGAUCAACAUAUUACAAAGACUUCCCUGGCCUUGACAGCUCCUCUGCAAAGGUAUGGAUCUACCCCACCAACUAUCCCAUAAGGGACUACCAACUAAAGAUAUCGGAGGCAGCUUUAUUUCAGAAUACGCUGGUAUGCCUCCCCACUGGCCUGGGAAAGACUUUCAUUGCUGCUGUGGUAAUGUACAACUUUUAUCGAUGGUAUCCAUCUGGAAAGAUAGUUUUCAUGGCACCAACAAAACCGCUGGUGGCACAACAAAUAGAAGCGUGCUACAAAGUGAUGGGUAUUCCACAGACACACAUGGCAGAGUUGACAGGGAGCACGCAGGCUCAGCAGAGGCAGGAACUGUGGCGGUCCAGGCGCAUCUUCUUCCUCACUCCUCAGGUAUUGGUGAACGACCUGUCUCGAGCCACCUGCCCCGCGCUGAACGUCAAGUGUGUGGUGAUUGACGAGGCUCACAAGGCACUGGGGAAUCACGCCUAUUGCCAGGUGGUGAGACAGUUGGGGAGCCAGACUCAACAGUUUCGCAUCCUGGCACUCAGCGCCACGCCAGGUGGAGACACAAAUUCAGUGCAGCAAGUCAUAUCCAACUUGCUGAUCUCCCACAUUGAGCUGCGGUCUGAAGAGAGCCCUGACAUCCAGGCCCACUCCCACCAGCGCAGCCUGGAGAAGGUGGUGGUUCCCUUGGGGGAGUCGCUGGCCGGGCACCAGGCCCUCUACCUACAGGUACUGGAACGGUUCAUGGGCCGUCUGAUCCAGAACAGGGCGAUGUCUCACCGCAACUUGCACUCCCUCACCAAGUACCAGCUCAUCCUGUCCCGGGAACAGUUCCGCAAGAACCCUCCGCCCCACGUCACGGGGGCUCUGCAAGGGGCUUUGGAGGGGGACUUUGCCCUGUGUAUCAGCCUGUACCAUGGAUACGAGCUGCUGCUCCAAAUGGGCCUGCGCUCCCUCUUCCUCUAUGUCCAGGGCAUCAUGGAUGGCACAAAAGAGAAGUCUCGAGCCAGGAACGAGCUACAGCGCAACGCCACCUUCAUGGACCUGUACCAGGAGAUGGAGGCCAUGUUUGUAAAGCCCACCGGCCCCGAGGAGCCCUUCAUCUACAGCCACCCCAAACUGCAGAAGCUUGAGGAGGUAGUGCUAGGGCACUUUAAAACAUGGGCUGAGAGCUCCAGCACUGGCUCUGGGCCCCAGGAAGUGAGCACACGAGUGAUGAUCUUUUCGUCGUUCCGGGAGAGUGUGCAGGAGAUUGCCGCCAUGUUAAAUCGCCACCUGCCCCUGGUCAAAGUCAUGACCUUUAUGGGCCAGGCCUCGGCAGGGAAGGGGGUCAAAGGGUUCACCCAGAAGGAGCAGCUGGAGGUGGUGCGGAGGUUUCGGGAGGGGGGCUUCAACACCCUGGUGUCCACCUGCGUGGGUGAGGAGGGACUGGACAUAGGCGAGGUGGACCUCAUUGUGUGCUUCGACGCCCAGAAGAGUCCCAUCCGCCUGGUUCAGCGCAUGGGCCGCACCGGACGCAAACGCCAGGGCCGCAUAGUGGUCAUCUUGGCCGAGGGACGAGAGGAGAGAACCUACAACCAGAGCCAGAGCAACAAGCGCAGCGUGUACAAGUCUAUCGUGGGGAACAGCCACAGAUUCCACAUGUUCCCCCACAACCCCCGCAUGCUGCCCGGGGGGGUGCACCCCGCCCUGCACAAGAUGCACAUCACCUGUGGCCAGUUUGACCACCGGGAGAGCAGCGGGCGGCUCUCCGGGGGUUGGAGGGGGCGCAGGUCCCACUCCUUGGAGGGCCAACGUGAGUCCCUUAUUCUUCCGCAUGGUCUAGUCGGGCAACAGGAGAGUAUGAAGAAGGAUGGCUUCCUUAGCCCCUCUGAGCUCACUCACUGGGAGUCUACGAUGAAACUGGGGGAGGGGGAGGCUCCACCCAUUCUGAGACGGUCCCGUUUCCUCUCAAAACAAGAAGGCUCGCCACCUCGGGUGGAGCCGCUCUCCAGUGGGCCAACCAGGGAGCUGUCUCUGUGGGAGUGGAGACACUGGCAGAACCAGCCCUUCCCCACUCACAUUGUGGACCACUCCAACCGCUGCCACCACUUCACCAAGGUCAUGGAGCUCAUUGACGGCCUGCGCCAGGAAGAGGGUGAAAGCAGAUAUGAGUUGGAGCUGCUGCCCCACCUCCACAAAGCAGAUGUCAUAGGCCUCACGGAGGAAGCACAGAAGGAAAAGUCCACCAAAGGAAAGAAGCAGAAAGAGGGAAAAACGACAAAAUCCAGAACCAAAAUGGCCAACCUGAACCACAAGCAGAAGACUUCCUGCCUUUCCUCAGCUGACCUAGACCGUGUCGAAUUCAAAAAGGAAGUGCAGAGGGAAAGCAUUUCUAAAGCAGAGACUCUCUCUCCAUGGACCCUGAUAAAGGACAGAGUCCCUUCAGAAUGUCACAAGGAGGUGACUCAUAACCUCAGAGAUCACCCAGGCCUCUGGCCACUCUCCUCCACCGGUGAUCAGCCAAUCAUGGACAUGGAUUUUGACUGUAUCAUACUCAACAACGAGAGUGAAAGUUCAGAGGUCAAUUCUCCAAGGGAUUUGGUGAGCGAAUCAGUGAACUGCAUUGCUGCUGUAGAACAGAUUGACCUCAAUCAGUUGACCUCAAUUGCAGACCGUGAACCCAAGUCAGAUGAAGAUUCUGAACUGGAGGCUUUGUUUUACUUGCCGAAAUGGGACGCUGCCAUCCCCAAGUUGCAGCCCCUGAGACAGAGGUUAGAGAGCUUCAGGGUCAUUCUAGUCAACGUGACAGAGCUUCUGUCUAGGUCUCCUCCAGCUUUGCACUUUGACCUGGACAGCCCUCAGUUCGACCCUGGGCCCACCCCCUUCACCACCAUAGACUGUUCACAUACACUUCCGGUUGAACCUCUGGAUGAACUGCUGGAUGUGGGUCAGACAUUCCACGUGAAUUUCUCCCUGGAAGUGGAUGAGGACUUUGCUGAUCCUGCUUCUCAAUCUCCCAAUGUUGAUUUAGACAUUGGUUCUCUAGACUGUGAAAGCCAUUGCGAACCACAUCAGCAGCACUCCCCUUCUUCAGCCAUUACUGUGCCAGCAGACAGCAUGGGUAGGGAAAGUGCCCUUGGCAGCCCUAGCUGGGAUGAGGUCUUCGAGGAUGACAGCAAUGACAUAAAGGACGAUGAUAUGGAUGAUAAAGCGGACUUCAAGCCACCAUGUCAUCCCACUCAGCCUAAAGCCCAGCACGCUAAAACCAACCUGGACGAGAGCAUGGACCUGUUUGGAGAUGACGAGACCUUUCUCCAGAUGACCAUCCCGGACAUCCCAACGCCAGAGAACGUCAGUAUCCGAAUACCUAGCCCCCUGAAGCCUCCGGAGAGGGAAUGGUUAAUAGGGUCAAGUAAAAGUGUGACAGAAACAAAUAUGGUGUAUCAGGUCAAACCUAGCCAUAGCCAUGCUUCUCCUGUAGCGCAGCAGGAGCCUGCUCAGGACUUUGAGAACUUUGACUGUUCUCAGGAUUUCUUCUCUGUCAACUUUGACUUGGGCUGGGAGGAGGAUGAAGGGGACACAGAGGCUGCUCCUAGUCCGUUCCCCUCAAAACCUUCACCCCCUGGAUCCAAAAAACAGGAAGCAGCCCUUUCCUCCUCAGUGAAUGGGCCGAAAAUCUCUGGCUCCUCCGCUCCCCCCUUUAGUUUCCAUAGGAAGAGCGUGUCCACACCCCUGGCAGCCUGUCCGGGAGGGAAGAGGGCAGAAACCUCUGCUCUGGCUUCGCCUCAGACCUCUCCUCUGACCUCCAAGAGCGGAGCUCUGUUCUCACCAAUCCCCACAUUAGGACCAAGGCGAGCUCUCCUGCCUGGUCCUUCCACCACCCCAUCCACUUCAUUCUCAUUCUUAAAGAGGCAACGCCAGGGGACCUUACAGAAUGCCCUGACUCCCAAAGCUCAGUCGGGGGACCCAGGAAAUGGUUCAAUAGAGAUGGGACACAGUUUGUCUCACAAAUCCAUCCUGGACCCCCCUCAUCCAGGCCUGUGCACCAGUGACAGUGAGGAGGAGGUUAUCACCCGUAAGCGGGUUCAUCAUCAUGUCAAGGCGAACCCCUUGUCUUCUCCAGUGUCAAUGCUUCUCAGUGAUGUGGAUUCUCCUAUACAAGUGACCAGGAAGUCGAAGCAUGCAGUGGCACGCAUUUCAGAUGAGAGCGAGGGGGAGGGGGAGGCAGUGUCUGACGAUGACUUCCAGAAUACCUCUGUUCGACAGCCAAGAGCGCCCCCCCGUGUGGCUGUGAAACCAUCAGCAUCGCAUGGGAAAGCUAAGCAGGUCGUGCAGCACCACCACCAAGGAGCCCGUCACUUUCUGGACGAGGAGGCGGCGCUGUCCGAGGGGGGGGAGGUGUCAUCUGAUGAAGAGGAUGGUGAAGAGCAGAACCGCUCACUGGAGGGCUUCGUUGUGAGCAACACCCAGUGCUCCCAGGGAAUAAACGAUUCUGAGAUGCAGGGGGUUUACCUAAAGUCAGUGAGAAGCCCUGCUGUGGCUGGCAAGUUCAAAAUGAUCUACAAGCAAAACCACAACAUGGACAUCUUCUCUCAGGUGCCUGAGCUGGACGAGACAUACGCGGAGGACAGCUUUGUGGUGAGUGGCAGUGAUGAGGAAGAGCUCGGCGAGGAGGAUGAGGAGGUCCCAUUGGAGCUUAUCUACGAGGACUCCUUCGUGGAGGGGAGGAGGCAGUACCCCACCAGACGCAAGGCGCUGAUCCGAAACAUCAGGGCUCAGGCUGGGAGCGGGCCUGCCACUCUGGACAAGAGGGCUGCUGACCCUCAACCUAACCCUGCUGGGAAAAACAAGCGCUCCCGCAUAGUGCACUUGGAGGACUCCAGCUCGGAAGAAGAAGUGGAGAAAAGUAGAAAUAGUGUGAAAGCUGAAGGUGUUGCUGCCACCUGCAGGCUAACUGAGUUACAGCAACAGAAUGACUGGGUGUUUAAAGCUCCACAGCAGCAGGUGCCCCCUAGCGGAACCACCAGAGCCUCCACAGCGAGCUGUGUGGUGGGGCCUAGAGUCCUCAGUGGAGCCAGGUCCUCCUCUAUGAACUCUGUGAUGGAGCCUAGCGCCCCAAGUGGAACCAGCAGGACCUCCUCAGUGAGCUCCGUGAGGGGGCCUAGAGAGGAGCAGCAGGAAGAGAGGUGUCGCCAGAGGCUCCAUCAGCAAGCCCUCCUGUCUGAGGAGCUGGACUUUGAGCAGUCGGAGUCUCUGUUGUUCUCAAGUAAACAGCCACAGGCUACCUCCUCCACCUCCUCAGUACCCCACGCCCAGAGCUCCUUCUGUCAGGCCGCCACUCUAAGCAAGCCCCCUGCCUCGUCAUCUAACCCAUCGGGCCUUGUCUCUGUACUGGUGGACAGCCGCUGUAUCACAGCCUGCGUGGAUGUGGUCUCCAGCCUGCGCCAGCGUUACGCUGUCACGGCCCACGUGUGCUCGCUGGACGGCUGCGACUUCGUGGUCAGUAACCGCAUGGCGGUCGAGAGGCAGUGCCAGUCGGAGCUGGCCGGGAUGCCGAACCGCAAACGGCUUGUGGAGAGGAUGACCAGUUUGCAGGGCCUAUUUGAGCGGGUCUGUCUCAUCGUAGAGAAGGACCGCACCAAACCAGGUGAAGCUUCCCGUCCUUUCCAACCUACACGCUACUACGACAGCACACUGGCAAGCUUGGUGCGGGCAGGCGUCCGACUCCUGGUGAGUGGGGGGCCUGAGGAGAGUGCCAUCCUACUGGCUGAGCUGGCCCGAGUGGAGCAGAGGAAGGGCCAGGCUAUUAGUGUGCCAUUAGAGGUCAAAGGUCACCGGCAGCAGGCGCUACUCUUCUACCGAACGCUGCCCUGUGUCAGCUAUGUCAACGCCCUCAACAUGAGCCACAGCUUCAGAUCGGUGGGCCACCUGGUCAACAGCUCUAUCGAGGCUCUACAGAGGGGGGCGUGUGUGAGCCGCCCCAGAGCCGAGGAGAUCUACCGCUGCCUACGCUACUGCUGUGACACCACCCUGAUGACUACCAACACACCCAGGAAGAACGACCUUUAGCCAGCCAUCACUGCUUAAAUCUCCAUUGACACUGAUCUAAGGUCAGUGUGGCCCUUUUCCUUCCUAAUGGUUACUGGUUAGGAUUUUGGGAGAGUUUACCGAUCCUAGAUCUGUGCUUCAAGGACAAUUUACAAUCUUGCUUUCAAACAGGACCUCUAAUGGCAUCAUGGCCUUGAAUUGUGUUCAUUAGUCACCAAAUGGAAUAAAGAAUACUGAAUAAGGGAUGGUCUACCUGGACUUCACCUUCGUUCCCCAUUACAAAAUGAGUAUUUCUUACACAUUUGAAAUAAGACUUGACUUGAUAACGGACACUAAGGUGAAUGUACGGUAUGAUGAAUGCAAGUUGUAAGUACUCGCUCCUUCCUAUGUAAAAUGUAUAAGUGCAUUUCUGUUUUGUUGAACAAAUAUUUUAAGUUAUUACAAUUUCUGUUCAAAUAAUGGAGUAAUAUCUUUGUGUUCAUAUUUUGUAAAGAGAUCAAAUAUAUGGUUUUGAUUGCAGGAAUAAAAAUUCACAAUUUUUCUGUAACAAAAUCAAAUUCACAAUGAAAUCAGAGGUAUUUGUUUAUUAUUCGUUUAAGGUCAUUUGAUUCAGUCAAAACACAUUGACGGAUAUUAUCCCCCAAGAAUACAAAAGGAAGUUUAUGCACAUAUCUUUCUUAGUGUUAGAUUCAUACAUUCCUCUUGUCCAACAUUAAUAGUUGGUUGUAUUCUGAAUAUUUGACUGUAACAGGUCAGUGAUUUCAACCUUAUGUCUGUCUGUCUAGUCUCUUCGCAUUGCUGAGUCUGGCAAGACUAGUCUGUCUGAACCACAAGGGUUCACCCUUUCAUUACAUAAAGAAGACAAAACGACAGAGUAGGACACGUCAUUGGUCUUUCCAGUCUUUAUAAUAGAGUUCCCACAUAAAAACAUUUGACAUUCUGGGGGCGAACAUGCACUAUGGAGUCAUAUACAGUACUUUCUGAAAGUAUUCACACCCCUUGACUUUUUUUCCACAUUUUGUGGGGUUACAGCCUGAAAUUUAAAUGGAUUCAAUUUGGAUGCAUCACUGAUCUACAGACAAUACCCCAUAAUGUCAAAGUGGAAUUAUAUUUUUUGAGAUGUUUACAAAUUAAUAAAACAUUUAAGCUGAAAUGUCUUGUGUCAAUAAGUAUUCAACCAUUUUGCUAUGGCAAGCCUCAAUAAGUUCAUGAGUAAAAAUGUGCUUAAGUUGCAUGGACUCACUCUGUGUGCAAUAAUAGUGUUUAACUUGAUUUUUAAAUGAGUACCCCAUCUUUGGGGGUACAAUUAUCUGUAAGUUCCCUUAGUAGAGCAGUGAAUUUCAAGCACAGAUUCCACCACAAAGACCAGGGAAGUUUUCCAAUAGUUUGCAAAGAAGGGCACAGAUUGGUAGAUGGCAACAACAAAAAAGCAGACAUUGAAUAUCCCUUUGAACAUGGUGAAGUUAUUAAUUACACUUUGGAUGGUGUAUCAAUACACCCAGUCACUACAAAGAUACAGGUGCCCUUCCUAACUCAGCUGCCAGAACGGAAGGAAACCUCCCAAUAGGUGCCCUUCUUUUUGAGGCUUUGGAAAACCUCCCUGGUCUUUUUGGUUGAAUCUGUGUUUGAAAUUCACUGCUCAACUGAGGGACCUUACAGAUAAUUGUAUGCUUGAGGUACAGAGAUGGGGUUGUCAUAAAAAAAAAUGGUAACGUAUUAUUGCACACAGCGAUUCCAUCCAACUUAUGUGACUUGCUAAGCACAUUUUUACUACCUAUUAACUUAUUUAGGCUUGCCAUAAAAGGGGUUGUGAAUAAUUGACUCAAUACAUUUGUUUUUCAUUCAUUAGAAAAUUCUAAAAACAUAAUUCCGCUUUGACAUUAUGGGGUAUUGUGUAGGCCAGUGACAAAUCAAAAAUUGGUCAAUUUCUAAGGGCGGCAGGUAGCCUAGCAGUUAAGUGUGUUGAGUCAGUAACCAAAAGGUCGCUGGUUCGAAUCACCAAACUGACCAGUUAAGGAGAAAAAAAAUUGCCUUUUUGCCCUUGAGCAAGGCACAUAACCCGAAUUGCUCCUGUAAGUCGCUCUGGGUAAGAGCGUCUGCUAAAUGUAAAUUCAGGCCUUAACAAAAUGUGAACUUUCUGAAGGCACUGUACGUGUUCCUUUCAGUGAUGGGGUCAUUUUGUGGCUUAAACCAUUCAAAAGAUUGCACCACAUUUGUAGGAAGAAAACAGAAACCGGUUUAUUACAACUGCAUCUAGCAGCUACCGAAGGUAAUUGACGUAAGUGCAAUUUUUUGUUUCUCUUGUGAUCCCAUUUUCCAAUCCCCUUGUUUGGGAAAUAGGGGUUUGGUGCCAUCAACAGGACUCCUUUCUCAAAACCAAACCUGCUUUAUCAGAGCAUUUUACAUACUUUCCUUGUUUUGCACAAGAAUAAAAUAUACACAUUCUUUGACCUAGGUUUUGCCUUCAAAAGCAAUGUCUGCCUGUUCUAGAGCAGUGACUGUUCCCUUCAGUUUGAGUUACCUAUACUAGAUGGAUACUGAUAUGCACUGAUCAACAAGAUAUACUGUGUAUAGGUUCAGACAUUUUGUGAAAUGGCACAGCGUGGCAGAUGAAUCAGAAUUAGUUGGGUAACAUAGAUAAUUGUCAUUAGAAUGUAUCCCUUUGGACUCUGGUGUCUUUCUGUUGCACUUUUCCCCUAGCUGGGGCUCAGUCACUUGGGGCCCAGAGAGGUCAGGCUUGUCUUUUACAUGUCCUUGGUGCUAUGCAGAAUAUCAGAAAGGGAAGAGGACAGAAUGGAACAUUGUCUACAUAUGUGUGUGUUUUACUGAGGAUGGGCCUCUAUGAGAGAGCAGAUUUACGAUGUCUUUUGAUAAUAACGCCUAAAGGGCAUUCCAGAGGACAUGAGCUAAUGGUUCUGUUCUAUACCGUACCAGGGAGAGACGGUUCCAGUUUGGAGUAGGAGGACCAGACACUGUUGAUGUCUGCUAUGUUUUAUAGAUCUUUCAUACAAAACUUGUGACCGUCUUGUACGUUGAGAGGGGUGUAUCUUGGCUAUAAAAGAUCUUUGUACUUUUGUGUAGUCACUUUUCAAUGGUGCAUUGAAAGUCAAAGUAUCUUAAUUAUUAAAGAUAUAGUUAAGUAUAA